GUCCGCCAUUUGCAAGCGGCGCGGAGCCGGAGGGGAGGGGAGCGCGGCCUGCUGAGCGGGUCCGCUGCAGCCGCCGCCCCGCCAACCGCCGCCGACCUGGCCUGGGAGACCGCCCCGCCGCGGCGACUGGCAGCGCAGCGCUCCGCGGGCGGCAGACGCGGCCCCCAGGCCCCCUCAGGGCGCCUGGCCGCGGGCCUCCCGGGGUUCGGGCCCGGCGGCAGCCGCCGCGAUGGCCCUCAAGAUGGUCAAGGGCAGCAUCGACCGCAUGUUCGACAAGAAUCUGCAGGACCUGGUGCGCGGCAUCCGCAACCACAAGGAGGACGAGGCAAAAUAUAUCUCUCAGUGCAUUGAUGAAAUCAAGCAAGAGCUGAAGCAAGACAACAUUGCGGUGAAAGCAAACGCGGUCUGCAAGCUGACCUACCUGCAGAUGCUAGGAUAUGACAUCAGCUGGGCCGCCUUCAACAUCAUAGAAGUGAUGAGCGCCUCCAAGUUCACAUUCAAGCGAAUCGGCUACCUCGCUGCUUCCCAGUGCUUUCACGAAGGGACCGACGUCAUCAUGCUGACCACCAACCAGAUCCGCAAGGACCUGAGCAGCCCCAGCCAGUAUGACACUGGCGUUGCGCUGACUGGCCUGUCCUGUUUUGUUACCCCAGAUCUUGCCAGAGACUUGGCCAACGACAUCAUGACACUGAUGUCGCACACCAAGCCGUACAUCCGGAAGAAGGCUGUGCUGAUCAUGUACAAGGUGUUCCUGAAGUACCCUGAGUCUCUGCGCCCCGCCUUUCCCCGCCUGAAGGAGAAGCUGGAGGACCCCGAUCCCGGGGUCCAGUCAGCGGCAGUCAACGUCAUCUGUGAGCUGGCCAGACGUAACCCCAAGAACUACCUUUCCCUCGCCCCGCUCUUCUUCAAGCUCAUGACCUCCUCCACUAACAACUGGGUCCUCAUUAAGAUUAUCAAACUGUUCGGUGCUCUGACCCCCUUGGAGCCAAGGUUGGGUAAGAAGCUGAUUGAGCCUCUCACCAACCUGAUCCACAGCACGUCUGCCAUGUCCCUUCUCUACGAGUGUGUCAACACCGUCAUCGCAGUGCUCAUCUCGCUGUCGUCUGGCAUGCCCAACCAUAGUGCCAGCAUCCAGCUCUGUGUUCAGAAACUGAGGAUACUAAUAGAAGACUCCGAUCAGAACUUGAAGUACCUGGGGCUCCUGGCCAUGUCCAAGAUCCUGAGGACGCACCCCAAGUCCGUGCAGGCGCACAAGGAUCUUGUCCUGCAGUGCCUGGACGACAAGGACGAGUCCAUCCGGCUGCGGGCCCUCGACCUCCUGUACGGCAUGGUGUCCAAGAAGAACCUGAUGGAGAUCGUCAAGAAGCUGAUGACCCACGUGGACAAGGCCGAGGGCACGACCUACCGCGACGAGCUGCUCACCAAGAUCAUCGACAUCUGCAGCCAGUCCAACUACCAGCACAUCACCAACUUCGAGUGGUACAUCAGCAUCCUGGUGGAGCUGACCCGGCUGGAGGGCACCCGCCACGGCCACCUCAUCGCCGCCCAGAUGCUGGAUGUGGCCAUCCGCGUGAAGGCCAUCCGCCGGUUUGCCGUGUCGCAGAUGUCCGCGCUGCUUGACAGCGCCCAUCUGGUGGCCAGCAGCACCCAGCGCAGUGGCAUCUGCGAGGUGCUCUACGCGGCUGCCUGGAUCUGCGGGGAGUUCUCCGAGCACCUACAGGAGCCCCAGCAGACCCUCGAGGCCAUGCUGCGGCCCAAAGUCACCACCCUGCCGGGCCACAUCCAGGCCGUGUACGUGCAGAACGUGGUCAAGCUGUACGCAGCCAUCCUGCAGCAGAAGGAGCGGGCCGCGGACACGCAGGCGGCCCAGGAGGUCACGCAGCUCCUGGUGGAGCGGCUGCCCCAGUUUGUGCAGAGCGCGGACCUGGAAGCCCAGGAGCGGGCGUCUUGCAUCUUGCAGCUGGUGAAGCACAUCCAGAAACUUCAGGCCAGAGAUGUGCCAGUGGCAGAAGAAGUGAGCGCCCUCUUUGCUGGGGAGCUGAACCCGGUGGCUCCCAAGGCACAGAAGAAGGUUCCAGUCCCCGAAGGCCUGGACCUGGACGCCUGGAUCAAUGAGCCGCUCUCGGACAGCGAGUCUGAGGACGAGAAGCCCAAGGCCAUGUUCCACGCCGACGAGCCACGGCACGCCAGGCAGCGGCCGCCCGAGGCGGACGAGCAGGAGCUGGCCCGGCGCCGCGAGGCCCGGAAGCAGGAGCAGGCCAACAACCCAUUCUACAUCAAGAGUUCCCCGUCCCCGCAAAAGCGGUACCAGGACGCGCCAGGCGUGGACCACAUUCCCGUGGUGCAGAUUGACCUCUCGGUGCCCUUGAAGGUGCCAGGGAUGCCCAUGUCAGACCAGUACGUGAAGCUGGAGGAAGAACGGCGGCACCGGCAGAGGCUGGAGAAGGACAAGAGAAAGAGGAAGAAGAGGGAGCGGGAGAGGCGGGGCGCCCGGCGCCACAGCUCACUGCACACGGAGAGCGACGAGGACAUCACCCCCGCCCAGCGUGUGGACAUCGUCACCGAGGAGAUGCCCGAGAAUGCCCUGCCCAGCGACGAGGACGACAAAGACCCCAACGACCCCUACAGGGCCCUGGACAUCGACUUGGACAAGCCCCUAGCCGACAGCGAGAAGCUGCCCGUCCAGAAACACAGAGACGCUGAGACCUCCAAGUCCCCGGAGAGACAGGACGUCGCUGUCGUGGAAAAAAAGAGCAAGAAGCCCAAGAGGAAGGAGAAGAAGCACAAGGAGAAAGAGCGAGAGAAGAAAAAGAAGGAGGCGGAGAAGGGUGCGGACUUAGACUUCUGGCUGUCCACCACGCCGCCUGCCGCCACCCCGGCCCCGGAAGAGCCCGGCGUGAACGCCGCGGUCGCUGCCCCGAAGGAGGAGCAGGAGGAGCCCAGGGGAGAGGAGCAGGACGCCGCCGAGGACGGGGAGCAGGACCUCGAGAAGAAACCUUCCAAGCAUAAGAAGAAGAAACACAAGAAGGACAAGGAGGAGCGCUCCAAAGACCAGAAGAAAUCCAAGAAGAGGGCGCCUCCGAGGGAAGGGGAGGCCGAGCCCGUGGAGAACGGCGCGCUCGAUGAGGAGCCCCUCCCGCCCAUGUCUAGCUACUCUCUCCUGGCUGAGAAUUCUUACAUCAAGAUGACGUACGACGUGCAGGGCAGCCUGCAGAAGGACAGCCAGGUCACGGUGUCCGUGGUCCUGGAGAACCAGAGCAGCAGCUUCCUCAAGAACAUGGAGCUCAACGUGCUGGACUCUCUCAACGCCCGGCUGGCCCGGCCAGAGGGCUCCUCGGUCCACGACGGUGUCCCCGUGCCUUUCCAGCUGCCCCCUGGCAUCUCCAACGAAGCCCAGUUUGUGUUCACCAUUCAGAGCAUCGUCACGGCGCAGAAGCUCAAAGGGACCCUGUCUUUCAUCGCCAAGAAUGACGAAGGUUCCACCCAUGAGAAGCUGGACUUCAAGCUGCACUUCACCUGCACCUCGUACUUGGUCACCACGCCGUGCUACAGUGACGCGUUUGCCAAGUUGUUGGAGUCCGGGGACCUGAGCAUGAGCUCAGUCAAGGUUGAUGGCAUUAGUAUGUCCUUCCAGAACCUUCUGGCAAAGAUCUGUUUUCACCACCAUUUUUCCGUUGUGGAGCGGGUGGACUCCUGCGCCUCCAUGUACAGCCGUUCCAUCCAGGGCCACCACGUCUGCCUCCUGGUGAAGAAGGGUGAGAAGUCGGUGUCGGUGGAUGGGAAGUGCAGCGAUUCAACACUGCUGAGCAACGUGCUAGAGGAGAUGAAGGAAACGCUGGCCAAAUGCUGAGCGCGCCACCCGCCAUGGGGAGGGCUCGCGGGGAGGGCGGCCAAGUGCCGGGUUUCUCCUCUGUCGCAAGGACUGGGUGCAGCCGGGAGAUAACCCAGUCCACCGUCAUCCACUGUGUAGACACCGAGGUUUAUGUUGCGUUGAUUUAUCCUGUCAUCUUUUUUACUUUGCCCUCACCGCCCUCUCUGGCGAGAAGCCCCCUUCCACUCCCCAGGCCAGCAGGGGCUUCUGUAGCCGGAGCAGACUGUGCACGUGGCCACAGGAGCUGCCCGAGGGUGAGGGUGACCGCCAUCCAGGCUGGUUCCUGGUGGGGACCAGACGGGGUGGCGCGUCCCGCUUCUGUCAAGCCAUCCAAGUCCCGUGAGUCCCCGGAUGCCCUGCCCACUGGCAGCUGGGGGGUGAAGAACAGGCCAGCUGCUCAGCCAGGCGACAUUCCUGUUCAUCCCUGACGCCAAGGGUCACGUCCUCCCCGCAGGACACAUGGUGGGAGAGGGUCAUGCAGGCUCUCGUCCAUCACAUCCCGUUCAUCCCACCGCUGUGUUCGUGUGUCCGCCGAGUGGGGGGUGCCCAGCGGGGAUCCCGGACCUCACUGGCUUCCGUGCCCAGUCGGGUGUUGGGGUGAGUGGUGGAGAGCUGCGAUUCUGGCCCCUCCGCUCAUCACUGGACGCUCUGCAGGUCUGUGCCUGCACGUGCGGAAGGGCCUAGUCCUGGGCUCCGCAGCCCUGACGGCGAAGCACGUGUGUCCAGGGGCGGCUGGGCCCCUGAAAUGCACCUCAGGGGCAGGGAGGGGGACCCCAGCCCACCCCCGUGAGACUGAACUUUCCUCAGAAACGAUAGUCCUCGAUGACGUUUUAACUUUUCCUUUUGAUGAAAACUGUCACUUUAGCAUGUAGAGUAACCUAUUACAGAAUCCUGUGCAGUGAUUCUAGAAUUUCGAAAUGUAUGAUGUGUUAUAUAAGAAUUUAUUUGCUAUCGACAUUCCCGUAUAAAGGAGAGACAUAUCACGCUGCUGUAAUGAUUCUGUGUCAAGAUGAUCCAAUAAACUUGCAAAACAGACGUA